GUUGGUGGGGGGUUGAGAAGCUCGAAGCGUUCAAAUAACACCAAAUAAAUAAAAUAUAAAACCGUCACAAUGUAAACACAUUUUUAGUUAAAAUUAAGUGUCUGGCAGGUGAGCUAUUCUAUACGAUCAUAUAUAUUUUUCAAUUAUUAUUGGUCUAGUUGGCAUUGAUUGCUUUGCAUUUUUGUUAUUUUUCAAUGAAGAAUGAGAAUGCUUUGGGUCUGUAACUUUUUGUGACGAUGUUGGGAGGUGGAGUCAAAAUUUCAUUGCAUGAUGGUGUCAUUUAUGGAUGGCCCCUUUACAUUUUAACAUUUUUAUUGAAUCACGAAACUCUUGUCAUAUCGUAAUGAGAGACACAUUUAUGCAAUUACUAAAAUAAUUUUUGACAAAAAUAAAGUUUUGUUGUAUGAAUUCACUACUUAAACUUAAUUAUAAUUAAUCACUCAAAAUUAGCAACAUCAACAAGGGUUGCAAAGCUGCAAGGUCAUUAUUUUUUCAGAACUUUGCAGUUUCAUUUAGCUUAAAUUUAGUUUCAUACCACUGGCUAGUUUUCUAUUAUUUAUUUAAUUCGUGGUGCAGGCAAAAAUGUAAAAUCAAAUUGUAAAUAUAUUAUUUUUUUUAAACACCGUGACCCAGUUUCUAUUUAUUUGAGGGUUCUUGGUAUUUUCAGGGUUGUACUGCUCGGCAAAUGCGGGUGUCUUGCUCAAUCCUAAAAUUUAAUGUUACAGCUUUUUGAAUUUUUAAUACGAUUUCAUAAUUUUACAAGUUAAAGCCAUUGACCUUUGUAAAAAAUAAGUAAUUUAACAUCCAUUUUGUUUAUAAUUACAUAAUGCAUAAACACAAAAUAAAUGUGAAGAAUUAAUUUGGAAGUGGAAAUAAUGCAUGUCAAUAUUAUGCACUCAGGGAAGAAUAUGUUAUCUUUAAACUUUAAAAAAAGAAAUUUAAAAAAUUUAUUGAUGUAUUUUAUGUCGUUCAAUUUUUUCAUUUUAAAUUUUGACAGAUUUUCUGGAAUGGACUUAAAAUCACAGAUAACAUCAUCUUUUAUACAUCAUUUAAUGCCAAUAUAGGCAAAAACAAAAUCCACAUUUACCAAUGUGGAACAAAAAGUUAAAAAUAGAAAAGAAUAGGCACUUACUGGGAGCUAUUGAAAAUAUUAGUCAUAAAGUUGGGAGGCCGGGAGCCAUGGUCCAGCUAUUGAAAAGAUUAGAUAUGAAACAACAUGCCUUGGCUGUUCCACUUAGGUGACCUCAUCACAAACAAUGUCAUAGGGCCUAAAUAGAAAUCUACAACUGUAGUUAAAGAAGAAAAAAUAAAAUAUUUUUCGACUCAUCUGCUGAUUUAGCCUGGAAACUCCCCAAAAGCAAGUAGUUUAAUGAUAAUUUUUAAAAAACAAGAGAUAAAAAAAAUAAUUAAAAUAACCCCUAGUUAAAUCAAAAUCAUGGCUAAUAAGCAAGUUAAAGCCAAGCCUAUCCCUGCUAUGGGGCCAGGCUCCAGAAUCAUAGCACUCAAUGAUGUACUCAAAAAACUUCUCAUCAUCGAAGCCACAAAGAAAGGGCCAACUGUAACUGUUAACUUUGCUUCCGUUGGAUUUAAACUGUUACCCCUGGAGAUUUUCAAGAAUGAAGAGCUCAUGACACUCACCACCAAGUUCCUUGUCCAGUUCAACAAAAUAAAAAAAUUGCCCUCUGAGGUAGGAGCGUUGGAGCACCUCAAGUACAUUGACCUAAGAGCCAACAGGGUGAAAUCUUUACCACCCACCUUAUUUAAAUGUGUUUUCCUGGAGUAUGUGAGUGAAUUUCAUGCCUUAUAAUAGGUGUCAUUAGCUUUCCUAAAACUACCUCUUGUAUAAUCCCAUCUCAUCCUUCCAUGCCUCUUUGCCUCAUACACACAUUUAAGGCAAACUAAACUCCAAAGGGCUUGAACUGUCUGCUUUUGGAACCACUGCUAUAAUUUAAAGCACUUUCUCAUUGUGACAAAUCAUUCAAUCCAAUAAUCAAAUUUAUCAUCCUUUAUCUACAUCAUGAACUUCUCACUCUUAUAAUUAAAUAAACACCACCAUUUUCUUUUCAUUGUGUCAUCAGUAUUAUUCUCUGCCACUAGUAUAUGAAUAUUAAAUCAGCAAUAUUAUACUCAUCUACUAUAAAUGACUAUUAUAUAAUUAAUCUCAGUAGAGCUCCAAAAUGUCACAAUAAAUCCCUGUUACUAAGUGUUACUACUAUCUCCCUAGACCACCAUUAUGUCACAUAUGCCUGUUACUACAAUCUCCCUAGACCACCAAUACAGCACAUUAAUGCCUAAUAUGUCACAUUUUGCUAAAAUCUCAUCAUGAUGUCAUCAGAAUAUGAACAUGAUGAAUCAAAGGGACUUAACUCCAAUAUCAAUCCAUUAUCUGAAGUUAUUAUUCAAUCUCUUACAUCCUCAGGUUGACUUCUCUGGCAAUAUAGUCCGGUCCAUACCAAAAACCAUCAAAAACUGUGUCUACUUACAAACAUUGAUUGGUGAAAGCAACAAUCUUAAAGCCCUGCCUAAUACAAUCAACAAAUGUGUUGAUCUAACGCUUGUCAACUUGAAAUUAAACCAGGUUUGUGAACAUUGGCAUUCUAGACUUAGCACAAUGUGUAACAUCGUUUUGUGCUUGAGGAAAUUUCAGGCUAUUAAAAAAACAUUUUCAACAUUCUUUACAAAAAGGUAUCUCAAUCUUUACCCUGACCCCUUGAAACUAAUGUUCGUUCAGUGUCCUCCUCAGUUCAAUCCACUGAUGUAGGAUGGGUCGAGCACUUUUAAUAAGGAGCCAUCCAUAAAUGACUUCAUGCAUCUACGGUGUGGAGGGGGUCACAAAUUUUGUGACCAUUUGUGACAAAGGAAAAAAGGCGGGGCAGGGCGGACUUGAGCAAUGUGGUGUCACAUGAAAAGCGGAAUAUUAUAGUAAAAAUUGCACUUCAUGACCCUAAAUUACAUACAUUUUUAACAUUAUUCUUUUAUACAAAAAUUAUAAUUAUUUUAUUUUUAAACUAUGAGCACUGAGAGAAUGAGUGCAGGUAUGCGAGGUCUGAAAGAUGGCAUCUGAUCAAGUUAAAGGCUGCCACAGAGGAGGAGAAAAUGGGUAUAGUGACAUUGACAGUUGAGAGAGUUUCGUCAAAAUGUGGAGACAGGGAGUUAUAGAAUUAGGACUACCACGUGAAGUGGGAUAAUACGAAAAAAAAUAAAUGAUGGGGGUGGGAUGUAAUCUUAGUAAAUGCUCUAGGGCAGAGAUUCUUAACCUUUUUUUUAGCACUGCAGGACCACUCCAUUUUAAACAUCCCCCCCCCGCGUCUAAGUUAUAAUUUAAUAAAAUUUAAAAUAGGAGAAUAAUUAAAUAAUUUAGUUAUAGUAGAUUUAUUUCUUAAAUUAACUUUUUAUAAACAAGGGAAAAAAUUACCAAUGCAAGUAAUGUGCUAAUCAAAAUGCAUAAAAACUGAUUUUAAAGUAGCGACAACUAACAAAGACAGUAAAUACAAUGUACUGGUCUUCCGCACCACAGGCCUGGGGCCCUGGUUGAGAACCACUGUUCUAGUGAAAUUUUUCGACACAGGUGUAGUAUGUUGAUAUCCAUGGGAGGUGAAUUUUCUAAGGAUUUGUAAAGGACAUUAGUGAACAGAGGGAAUUUAUAAGCGGUUGGGGGGGGGGGGGGGGGGGGGGGGGGGGGUUGCAGAGAUUUUUGACAUUAUAUUUGAGGCAAAAAUUUCCUUGUUGUCAUUUAUGGAUGGUCCCUAAACAGGGGAAAUGAUGUGAACAGGAAGAUAUGGAGCAGAUUCGGGUCGUCAUCAUCAUGUCCCUUAGUCCUUGGACCGUCACAGAUGACAUGAAAACUAUUUUUCUCCAUUCCUCUGUUUCUUCACUUUGCACAGCUUUGGCUAGUUUUAGUCCUGUCCACUUUUUGAUGUUGUCUUACCAUCUUUUUCUCAACCAGUUGAUAAAUUUUUACUAUUCGACCAAAUCCGUUGUUAAAAAGGACAAAAUAAUAAAAAAAUAUAUAAAAUUCCUAAAAAUUCAAAGACUACGCUGGGAAGAUAUUUACUCAAAUUUUUUUUUUUUAUAAAUGAAAUUUUAAUAUAAUUACAAAAUUAAAUCAGUAUUGAUUUUCACAUAUUAUCAUUCAUUUUUAAGUCAUAAAAUUAAAUAUUAUUUUAAAUAUAGUUUCUUUUGUAAAAAUAUUUUAAUUCUAAUGAUAAAAAGGUUGGACUGUUUGUGAUUAAGCUUUUAAGUAGGUUAAUGAGACACAGACAUUUUGUGUAAAUAAAACAAUAUAGUUUAAGCUGUAAUUUUGACAAUGCAAAAUGCAAGUUGGCUUCAUUUUCAUCAGUCAAACAAAAUUUUUUUUAAAUAUAUAUAUAUAUAUAUAUAUAUAUAUAUAUAUAUAUAUAUAUAUUUAUAUAUAUAUAUGCAUAAUUAUAAUGUGUCAGUGUUUGUCACAACUUAAAUAUCUAUAGACACUAAAAUUUUUUUUAUAUAUAUAUAUAUAUAUAUAUAUAUAUAUAUAUAUAUAUAUAUAUAUAUUUAUAUAUAUAUAUGCAUAAUUAUAAUGUGGCAGUGUUUGUCACAACUUAAAUAUCUAUAGACACUUAACUUUAAUAUUACUAAUAUCUCUAGACAUUUAACUUCAAUAUUUCUAAUUUUUCUAGACAAUUAAAUAUAUCCUAUCAUCAUGUUAAAACUAUAGCGUGCAACACAGGCAUAGAAUGUGACCGCAUGGCAGGUUACAACAGCAUCGAGUGAACUGCCUCUCUCCCCUAGCUUGCUAGGUCAGGCUUAGAUAGGGACAAUAAGAGAUGGCCAUUUGUGCUUUUUGUAUGUUCAAUAAUUAAUUUUUUGGGAACCCUAGUGAAUUAUGCUAUAAAUUAUAUCUUGCCAGAAGAAAUUGAUUGUAUUCUAUAUAUUUCAUUAUAUUUGCAUGAGUCACUCUUUUGGGGAUGUCUUUUAAUAUAAAGCUGCUGCAAGACAUGGCUUGUUGUGACAUGUGUCCUCCAAUUUGUUCGCAUAAAUCUAGUUAUACUUAGCACACUCCACGUGUUUGGCAUUUCAAGUUGGAAUCACCACCCUAAGUGCACCACAGGUCGCUUGUAAUGUCUGGCGUUUUGAAAGUAAAGCAUAUACCUAUGUGUUUUUGUAGAGUAUAUCUAUUACUAUUAGGUGUUAGUAAUGGGCGAUUUCUGUCACUUAUAUUUGGCAGUAUUAUAAUCACUUGUUUGCUCUGUAAAUUUGACUCAUAACCGUUACCAUGAUAUUGGGAUAGUUAAAAAUGCAGCUUUAUGCUAAAUUUUUACACAGAAAAUAGGGUGUUUGCUAAUACAAUAUUAACACAUUCUAGUUCCUUACUAACAUGGUCUAGUGCCAUAUUGACACAGUUAAGUACCAUACUAACACAGACUAGUAUCAUACUAGCACAGACAGAUUAUUUUAGUCAAUAUACUGGCCGUGCGUUUCUGUCUUUAAAAUAGACACCAAGUGUGAGCAACAGUAUAAUUAUUGUAAUAUCAAAAUGUCUAAGAUUUUAUGGUAGCAAACACAUCUCAAAUAAAUUCAGAGAGAACAAAUGUAUAAUGCAAUCUGAUAAAAUCUGCAGCAAAAUGAUCUUCUAUAAUUAAAGAUCAAUAAAAAGAUAAUUUUAUUUGCCUUUUGUAUAAUAGGUACUACAUGGUCAUCAUGUAUCUUAUUUAACUUAUUGCUUGCUAAUUGAUGAUGAUGAUGGUGAUAAUGAUGAUUGAGUACUGUCCAUGCUAUUUUAACAUGCUCACAGCGCUCUGAUGUCCUAAAAUCUAUUUAAAGAAAAAAUUCUUUAAUUGUUCUUUAAUGAUUUUUAAUCCAUUUUCAAUCUCCCUCAAAGGUUGAGGCAAACUUUUCCACAAUUAAUAAUGUUUGUUAUAACCUGUAAUUCCCAGGUCAUCCUAUAUGUUUAUUGUAAGCUGUGUCACUCAAUGUUAGUCAAGACAUUUAAUAACUUGUACUAUUUGCAUCUUUUCAGAUAAUGUCCUUUUUAUAUCGCUUUUUAUUUUUGUUUGUUCUUUUUCUGGUUAAAAUACUAUAAGAGCACAUAAAGCCACAGUUCUCAGGACCUGAUUUCCUUGGAUUAGUCAACUAAAUUUAAAACCCCAAUGACCACCACAACAACUCACCUCUAUGUUACAAUAAAUUAAAUUUACAAGAAUGGGCACAAGUCCCUUAAGAAAACAAAGAUCAGAAGCACGUUCUUAAUCUGAUGAGCACUUUUAGAAUUUUAGUCAAUUUUAUUUUCAGAUCAAAAGAAUCCCCAAAACAUUGUAUGAGGUAAGAGCCAAGGUAGAUCUGUCAUGGAAUAGGCUGAAGGCACUCGUUAGUGCCAAAGUGAAGAAUCCAGCUUUAAGGUGGCUUGAUGUGUCACACAACAGCAUCAUAAGCAUCCCCAUCAAUUUGGAGCGAGUUUAUACACUGACCUACUUGGACUUAUCCUACAACUUGUUGAUGGUAGGCUUGUUACUAUUUGGUGCAGUGUCAACACAGGUUUCUUUCUGAAGUUUCCAUAGCCUUUUAAUUGUUAUGUAUGAUUAAUUUAGGUAAAUUUCAAUCUCUGAAGAAUUUUAACUUAAGAAAUAUGCACUCAAGGUGAGUACUGUUUACCACCUAAAAAAAUCAUUGAUGAAUAAGUCUUUCCUAGUAUAACCAAUUCUGUUGGUGAGUCAGUGUGUUGCACCUGUUAACUUUCUUAAGAAUGCAACUGACCUGGGUUUAUUUGGACAGUCAUCUAUUCAGUAGAUAUUCUUAUGAGCUGCCAACAGAAAUUUGUAGUUAUUUUUAUGGCACAUCUUUAAAAUUCCUUACUGAAAAGUUAAUAAUGGGCUGCCAACAGAAAUUUGCAGAUUAAAAAAAACGUUAUCACCUAACUACAUAGAAAUAUUUAUUGAACAUUGUCAUGUCACCAGUAUUUAAAACUAUCGGGCCAGGGCAAAUAAUCUCCCCUUUGUUGUUGACUGCUUGAAAUGUCAAACCUAAAUCUCCAUUUGUAAAAAGUCUGCACAUAUAUUUGUUUAUGUUCAAUUUAGUUAUGAAAUUAUCUUUAGAAACUGUAAGAUAAGUAAAGUUGAAAAGUGGAACAGUAAAUUUGUAUUCAACAAUUCAUAUGUGAGUAAAACAGAGUAGGGUUAAACCUGAAAAAAAACAAAACAGCGAACGUGUCGGCAGAAAGCCUUCGUCAGCGAACAAAACAACAGAAAUAACGUUAUAAAAAUAAGAAAUAGCACUUAGCUGGUAAGUAGUAUCUGUGGGCAGCAAUAGAAGUGUGGCAGAAGGAAAAUGAGUGAGAGUUUAAAUAAGCAGCGGCGAAAAAAAGGGGGGAGAAAAAAGUUCACUGUGAUAGGUCAGAACGUGGAGGGGCGGAGCUAGGGUCAAGCUGUGAACAGAGACAUAACAUUAAUCCCAUCUGGCGUCAAAGUGCCGUAAGUCAGGAUAAGUCUGUGUUCCAAAUUGACCCGGCUGGCGGUGUUAGUGCUAGCCACAAUCGCACUUAUUGAAAAGUCCGCCUUGCCCUGGUUUAACCCUACUCUGUUUUACUCAUUUUAUUUUGUACUAACCUGAUUGCAGUCUCUCCCCUUAUUACCCCAAUUCAUAUGUGGCAGGAAAUUCCCAAUGAAAUAUCUGCCAUGAAGUAUUUGCGUGAACUUGACGUUUCCCAUAACCAGCUGAGCAAACUUUUUGAUGAAAUCAACAAACUGGUAACUAGGAUGUUAAAAUAAACUUUUUGAUGAAAGGGGUCUUUCACAAAGAAGGUCUUCAGGGAGUAUUGAGAGGGGGUGGGGGGGUGGUAUUCAAAAGUGGGCAAGAGGGAGGGGAGUUAAGGAUUUUGAGGAUGUCAGUAAACGAGUUUCUUUUUUUUUUUUAUUCUUUUUUUGUAAGUUAUACACUGCUCAAUACAUCCUGUGUGUUCUACUCUAUGGCUGAUCUAUCUGGGAAAUUUUGAAAAAAUAUUAAUCAGAAGCCAUCAAGAAUUUAGUAAAAAUGUCAUAAGGGAGAUCACUCUAAAUAUUUGGUAUGCUAUUUACCAACAAAUGUAAACUAUGCAAUGCAAGAUUUUCUCUGGUUGACAUAUUAUAUGUUAGCGGUCGACCCUAGUAUGCUUUUAUAUUAAGGGGCGUCAUAUUCAGCAAACUGAAACGUUUUUCAUGACAGUGGACAGUUAGAAUAUUUGAACUAGAAUAUUUGAACACCCAGGAGUACGGGGUUGCCCUAUACCUAGAUAUGCCAAAGCUCUGGGAUAUAAGAAAUGUAUACAGUAUGUUUCAAAAUGCUGGUGUAAUCUUAAAACAUUACUUUUUAAAAGUUUUAUGUUUUUCAUGUAUUGCUCUACAAAUAUAUAGCCCUUAUUUUUGUUAGUUUUAUCUUAAAAUUUUGAUUCUCAAAACCUAAAGUGAAGCCUAAUUGAAAUUCAGUUUUCCUUUAGAUAACAUUGAGACCCCAAUUUUUUUCUGCUUCAAACUAACAUUUAAGGUGAUUAGUUUGUGCACUGGGUAAAAAAAAGUAUUGAAAGCACUGCCAUAAGCAUUUAAAAUUUGUGUGGUCGUCCCCCACUUUUGUUCUGCCAGUGCAGAUGUUUGGUUCAGGCCAACGAAAUUAUCUCUUUACAAAUUACAUCACACAUAGCAACCUAGGACGAUAAAUAAAAAACAUUGCAGAUUUCUUUUAAGAUUAACAAAAAUAAUUAAAUAUCAUGGGUUUUACAUAUUUUUCGGUGACAGUUUCUUUAUUAAAAAUUAUAGGGGGGUCAGAAUUUCAUGAUAAUUAUUAAAUGUACAUUCUUUCUGCGGACUCCACCCUACACACCAGUGUGCAUAAUCUCCAAAAUCAACCCCCUUCCCUGUGCAUACUUAAUGGAUGGAUCCAUAUCGAUCUGAUUUAGAAGUUAAUAUCUAAUGACUCUUUGCAUUUUAUAAUUGUUAUCAUAAUGCCUAGAAUAUCCUUAUGCACCUGUGGUUGUCAGCCACAUGCGGACAAUGGAAAAGAAGGGCUGGAAAAAAAUGUGUACACAUAUUUUGUGCUUGUGUGCUAUAUGGACCUAACUGGGGUGUUUACAUAAUAAUAUGUUGUUGAUUUUUAGAAAAGGUCCUCAUUUCAUUUAUGGGAAAUGUUGCAACAUGUGACUCUGGUGAAAUAAAUUUAAUGGACAUGAUGUUGUUGUUCUAACAUGGCAGUCCAGGAGCUCAACAUGCAACAGAGACAAGUUUAAUUUCUAUUAUUUCUUUUUUUUUUUUAAAGUUCCUUCAGAUUUUUCAGUGCUUUUUUUUUUUUUUUUAAAUCCUUUUUUAGAUUUUUUUUCAAUUUCAAGCUUUUUUUUUCUUUUUUUGGGUUUAAUAAUAAAACACUUUUUUAUUUUUUUUUAUUUUUUUUUUUUUUUUAAAGUUCCUUUAUAUUUUUUAGUUUUUUUUUUUUUUUUUUUUAAAUCCUCUGUUAGAUUUAUCUUCAACUUCAAGCUUAUUUAUUCAUUUUAUGGGAUUAAUAAUAAAACACUUGUACACAGAUAUUCAAGCACUUAUUUAAAUUUGUGUUUAUGGUAGCCCCUAAUGUUUAAGAAAUAGACGAUAAUAAUAUGAGCAUUCUCCCCAAACACCAAUGGCCUCCCUUUAGUAUGGGAUCAUCAAGCAGUUGGUACAUGUCUUCAUAAUAUUCUAAGAUCUCAUAUACUUUAUUCUUGGUAAAAUCCUGCUGUUUUAACUUAUAUCUAUAACUUAUUAAAAGAUUUUUUUUCUUCAAACAAAAUACUUUUUUCAGACUUUCUCUCUUGCAUUCUUGCGUGCCUCCUACAAUCAAAUCAGUGAGUUGCCCCAUGACCUGGGUCACUUGAAGGUCAUUCAAGAAAUUGAUUUGUCACACAAUAAAAUUGAAGAGUUGCCAAAGGAAAUUGAUGACAUGCGAGAUCUAGUGGUAAGGCUUGAGACUAUUUUCACAGGUGGCCGGGAGAAAACCUUUUAUAUGAGAGGACAUGCUAAUAGGAAAGAAAUUAUAAAUUAACUAACAAAUCUUGACUUGUCCCAGUAAAUUUUACCAAAAACGAAAACUAACUCAAGAGGAUUCCAAUGUGUCUUCUGCAAUUGCUGACAUUUAGUUUUGAGAUUCCUUGGUAUUUCAGGAAAUUUUUUUUUUUUUUUUAAAUUUCCAAAUAUGUCUUCAUGAAACAUUUAUUAUAUUUUCUUGGCUUUUUGUUUCCGGCGUAUCAUUUAUCUUUAAAUAAAAAGAAGAUUAUAAAUUAAUUAAAAAAUUGGUGUUUGGUCUACUAUAUAUUUAAAUACUUAAUGUUUGGUCCUCAAUCCCUAAAUAAAACAGAAUUUAUUUUAUUUUGUAAAAAAAAUUCUUAUAAUCCAGAGUAUUUGACCAAGUGCAGCAGUAACUUGACAUAUCCUCAUAAUUUUAACAGUGCCUUGACAUAUCCUCGUAAUUUUAACAGUACCUUGGCAUAUCCUCAUCAUUUUUACAGUACCUUGUCAUAUCCUCUAUAAUAACUUAACAAUAUCUUGACAUAGAGCCCCAUGAUAAUUUUAGCAGUACCUUGGCAUAGCCCCAUAAUAGUUUUAACAGUACCUUGACAUAGCCUCAUGAUUAAGAAUUACAGACAAUUUAUCUGUUCUAGAAUCUGAAACUGUCAUGGAACCAGCUGACCAAGAUUGAUGUCCUCACCCAGAUUGCCUCCCUGGAGGAGCUCAGAGUAGAUAACAACAGCAUCACAUCACUCCCAGAGAACAUAAACAGACUGGACAAACUGAUAGUCUUUGAUUACUCCUACAAUCAUGUGCAGACUUUACCAGAGACUAUUGGAAGGUAGGCUUAUUUGUUUGCUUAAGACUCAUAAUGGUAGAAUGAACCAAUUAUCUACUUAAGACUUAUUAUGGUAGAAUGAACCAAUUUAUCUACUAAGACUUAGUAUGGCAGAAUGAACCAAUUCAUCUACUUAAGACUUAUUAUGGUAGAAUGAACCAAUUUAUCUACUUGGACUUAUUAUGGUAGAGUGAAACUAGUCUUUUUCUUAUUACACAUCAAACUCAUUUUAAAGAAACAUCUUUUAUAUGUUUUAACUGAAAAAUCAUUCAGAUCAAAACUAUGGAAUACUUAACUGGAACCUCAGUCUGUUAAAAGUUUAGGAACAACAAUUUUCAUUGUUACCUUUUAGCAUCAUCUCUUUGAAAGAUGUUUAUGGAAAUGGCAAUGAGUUAACAGAAAUACCAGAUUUUCUUGGCAGACAUCAACUCCUGCGGAGCCUUGACUUAAGAGAAAACAAGUAAUUUAUGUUUUAAUCUAAAUGUCUUCUAUCUGUUGUACUGAUUUCGUCUGUAUCUGUUGUACUGAUUCCUUGUUGCCCAUGUCCCAACUCAGUCUGUACUUUUCCUGUUGUCUAUGUCCCACUCUGUCUGUACUUUUCCUGUUGUCUAUGUCCCACUCUGUCUGUACUUUUCCUGUUGCCUAUGUCCCACUCAGUCUGUACUUUUCCUGUUGUCUAUGUCCCACUCAGUCUGUACUUUUCCUGUUGCCUAUGUCUCACUCAGUCUGUACUUUUCCUGUUGCCUAUGUCCCACUCAGUCUGUACUUUUCUUGUUGCCUAUGUCUCACUCAGUCUGUACUUUUCUUGUUGCCUAUGUCUCACUCAGUCUGUACUUUUCCUGUUGCCUAUGUCUCACUCAGUCUGUACUUUUCUUGUUGCCUAUGUCUCACUCAGUCUGUACUUUUCCUGUUGCCUAUGUCCCACUCAGUCUGUACUUUUCCUGUUGCCUAUGUCCCACUCAGUCUGUACUUUUCCUGUUGCCUAUGUCCCACUCAGUCUGUACUUUUCCUGUUGCCUAUGUCCCACUCAGUCUGUACUUUUCCUGUUGCCUAUGUCCCACUCAGUCUGUACUUUUCCUGUUGCCUAUGUCCCACUCAGUCUGUACUUUUCCUGUUGCCUAUGUCCCACUCAGUCUGUACUUUUCCUGUUGCCUAUGUCCCACUCAGUCUGUACUUUUCCUGUUGCCUAUGUCCCACUCAGUCUGUACUUUUCCUGUUGCCUAUGUCCCACUCAGUCUGUACUUUUCCUGUUGCCUAUGUCUCACUCAGUCUGUACUUUUCCUGUUGCCUAUGUCCCACUCAGUCUGUACUUUUCCUGUUGCCUAUGUCUCACUCAGUCUGUACUUUUCUUGUUGCCUAUGUCUCACUCAGUCUGUACUUUUCUUGUUGCCUAUGUCUCACUCAGUCUGUACUUUUCUUGUUGCCUAUGUCUCACUCAGUCUGUACUUUUCUUGUUGCCUAUGUCCCACUCAGUCUGUACUUUUCCUGUUGCCUAUGUCUCACUCAGUCUGUACUUUUCCUGUUGCCUAUGUCCCACUCAGUCUGUACUUUUCCUGUUGCCUAUGUCUCACUCAGUCUGUACUUUUCUUGUUGCCUAUGUCCCACUCAGUCUGUACUUUUCCUGUUGCCUAUGUCUCACUCAGUCUGUACUUUUCUUGUUGCCUAUGUCUCACUCAGUCUGUACUUUUCUUGUUGCCUAUGUCUCACUCAGUCUGUACUUUUCCUGUUGCCUAUGUCCCACUCAGUCUGUACUUUUCUUGUUGCCUAUGUCUCACUCAGUCUGUACUUUUCUUGUUGCCUAUGUCCCACUCAGUCUGUACUUUUCUUGUUGCCUAUGUCUCACUCAGUCUGUACUUUUCCUGUUGCCUAUGUCCCACUCAGUCUGUACUUUUCCUGUUGCCUAUGUCUCACUCAGUCUGUACUUUUCUUGUUGCCUAUGUCUCACUCAGUCUGUACUUUUCUUGUUGCCUAUGUCUCACUCAGUCUGUACUUUUCCUGUUGCCUAUGUCUCACUCAGUCUGUACUUUUCUUGUUGCCUAUGUCUCACUCAGUCUGUACUUUUCCUGUUGCCUAUGUCUCACUCAGUCUGUACUUUUCUUGUUGCCUAUGUCUCACUCAGUCUGUACUUUUCCUGUUGCCUAUGUCUCACUCAGUCUGUACUUUUCUUGUUGCCUAUGUCUCACUCAGUCUGUACUUUUCCUGUUGCCUAUGUCUCACUCAGUCUGUACUUUUCCUGUUGCCUAUGUCUCACUCAGUCUGUACUUUUCUUGUUGCCUAUGUCUCACUCAGUCUGUACUUUUCUUGUUGCCUAUGUCUCACUCAGUCUGUACUUUUCCUGUUGCCUAUGUCCCACUCAGUCUUUAUUUAUUCUCUUGCCUAUGUCCUUACUUUUCUGGUUGACUGAACUGAAUAAUGUCAGCCCUUUCCCUAUGAGUUAUCACUAACUUUGAUGAAACAUCCAUGUAAAAUAUAAAUGUACACACUUCUUCUUCUUCUAUAUCUUAAGGGCCCACGAUCAAUUUAUUGAUCAUUUUGGCUCCUAUGCAUGUAGAUGGGAUUUGCCAUGUUUCUGUUACUGGUGGUGAUGAGGAAAUUAUGCACUAGGGGUUUGAAGGCUUGAGGCAAUAGACACAAAUGUGUCUAGUGUUGUCGCCUCAACUGUUCCUUUUGAAAGAUGGUUCCAGUCACUUCCUUAUUACCGUGGACUAUGUCUAACUCUAUUUACCCUCUCUGUAAACUAAACUACCUUGCUCAUUGAAAUGUGCCUGUUUGUAUAAACAAUAUUUAGGUUUAUUACAUUUGUCAAUGACCACUCAGUGAACUCCCUAAAUCAACAUGUCUUAUGGUACUCUGGUUUCUCUCAUUCAGUCAAUUAGAUAUUUAUUGUUUGUUGCUGUUAUUUUUUGUCAAUUCCCUCAGAAUACUAUGUCUCCCAGAAGACUUGCAGCGUUUACGAACACUGGAGGUGCUACGUCUGGGCAAGAAUAAACUCCAGUCAGUUCCUGACAAUCUGGACAUAAUGGAAUACCUCAGGGAGAUUGACUUUUCAUACAACAAAUUAACUGAUGUGCCUUUCCCAAAGAUGCUUGAGGUAUGUUUGAUCAGACUAACAACAAUUUGUUUUUUGUUUGUUUUUUUUUUUACAAUGAUCAAUUACAUUUUUUUUAAAAAUGGAUCCAGAUGAUGAAUUCGAUAGCCAUUUAGGUGUAAUUAGACUUUCGUCUAACACAAUUAUUGAGUUUUACGUCAGUUUAUAACCUUAUUUGUCACUCCACCAAGGGGAAAAAGUCAUUUUGAUAGAAGUUUUUAAAAAAAAAACUUGAUACAAGUGAUUCUCAAAUUUUAAAGGCUUUAUUUCGUGAUGGUCUCUUUACAAUUUUUUUAAUUGCUGGCGAUUACCAAAACAUUUUUGACAAACAAUUAUUUAUUCAGAAAAGAUCAAAUCUUAGUCAUCAAGGGUGCAUUAAGCAUGGUAUGGCUGCAACUACUUUGACUGAACCCCUACUUCUAGGUUUGGCUCUGUGUGGGCCAAGGCAGCUCUCACGUCAUAUGUUUUGAGAUAAUGUUUUGGCUCUGUGUGGGUCAAGGCAGCUCUCAUGUCAUAUGUUUUGAGAUAAUGUUUGGACAUCAAGUAGGGUGGGAAAAAAGCUAACUCACACUCAGAGGUUGCAAAUAGAAUCUACUCUCUAAGAGCCAUCUUUGCAACACCGGGAAGGGCUGUGCCUUUUCAAUCCAAAAAUCACUACAACACAAUUUACAGAAGACAUGUUUUGCAGGCCCAUCACUUAUCAAAUCAAUCAACUGUUCUUGAAUUAAAUUGUUCUCCAAAGUCAGGUCACUAAUGUAAAGUACAAAUGGGUUGUUGAUAGUCGAUUGUAUUUUUAAAAAAUGUGUAGGUCAGGAAAAUAAUGAGAAAUUUCAGUGCUAAAAGUUGAUAAAUGUUGUUACAUCACCUGAAGGAUAUUGUCAUCCACGUUAAGCUAGUUUCCAUCAAUAUAUGUGUUAACCUGUGGAAAUGGGAAAAAGUUAUUCUUCUUUUACUUUGCAUACCAUAGUUUGAGCUUCAUUUUGAAAGCUGACAAUUUUUCAUGACAUAUGACGUCCAAAAAUUACGGGGAAAUAAGAAAACGGACAUCAUAGAAUUUUGUGUUUAUGUCAGGUUGAGCAUCUUGCAAAAAAUUUCUGCAUUUCUUCACAUUGUGUGAAAACUUUCUACAAAACUUUCUCAUUGCAAAGCCACCUCAGGUGUGAGUGAAACAACGGGGUUUCAAGUUUGAAACCACGUUCCAAGAAAAACUCGGAAAACAAAUUAAAGUUGAGUGCAUUCACUUUAAUGAAGAUCCCUGCUGUUAUCACUUCUUUAAGAACAUGUUUCAACUCAACAGGCAUGGUUUUAGGCUAGGCAAUGAACAGUGCAGUGUGUAACAUGUUUGCUUAACUAAAGUUUGAAACCCAGAAAUGGCAACUAAGCAUUGCAGGACUGCCUUCAAUUCACACACCAAUGACAUGUCCCCAUUUGAUAGGAUGAGCCUCAAAGAAUCUGUCCCCUUUCCCAAAUUUUGCAGUUGUUUUGGUGCAGAGAGUUCAGCAAAACAAAACAAAAUCUUCUCAUAUUUAUAUCUUAUUAUUCUCAUGCAAUGCAGACACCAAGUUAGCGACACCCAUUGUUUCAUUAAGCUUGGUAGCAAAAAAGUUGAAAACUGAAUCUUUGAGAGCAACUGUGACAAUAUGUUAUCAGACAUCUCCACUGUUAGCCUCCCACGGUAUCUUUUGGCAGGGAGGCAUUGGUUUGCUUGUCAAGUUGAGAACCUCCCAGCACAAUUGAUGUGAUGUCAAUUUGUUCUUCUAUGCUGUAGGGUUUCUUGGAGGCAGCUAUCUUCCUUGAAACCUCAUAGGAUGCUUUUAGACCAACCUUUAUCUCCUGCAAAAACAUUCCUGUGACUUAAAGCCUGGAUUGUUGCCAUAGUUCAGCUGGGCGUUCAAAAAAGUCGACAUCUUUGUUUAUUGAGCUAAGAUGCUUUAUUUCCAAGAGUCUGUUUAACUUGCUGAACUAUAGAGAAGUGGAUUGGCCAUCAGAACACAAAACACUCUGUGGUUUCUUUUACCCGCCAGAGCUUGUUACAGUAAAUCCACCUUUCAAAUAUGACACGUUAUAUCUUAUUAACUUUUUUGAGGCAUUAUGACCUGAAAAACAACUACCUGUUAAAAUUUUAAUUAUUAAUUUUAAAUUUAAAAAUUAAAAAUAAUGUCAUCUUUGUAGGCCAAUUAAAUGAGAUAGUAGAACAUACAAAGUAUAAUCAGCAUCUGAGGUAUCGUUUAGAAAAGAAAAUUUUACACAAAAAAAAGGGAUGGAGAUGAUAGAUUGCUAAGCUUAAGAAAGAUGGAGAAAGUUUUUUUGCGUACAAUCUUUUUACUGCAGUGGACUGUACAAAUUUUUAUUAGCAUGAAGAGAGUUUGGAGAUGUAUGCUUCACCCAACCCACUGGUCCAUUCUCUGUUUAGUAAUAAGUUGAGCUCUUGGUUUCUAAGAAUUGACAUUCCGGCUGAUGGAGAUCUGAGAGACAGAUGGUAACUGACACGCCGGCUGUUGGAGAUCUGAGCGACAGAUGGUAACUGACACACCGGCUGUUGGAGAUCUGAGAGACAGAUGGUAACUGACACGCCGGCUGUUGGAGAUCUAAGAGACAGAUGAUAACUGAUACGCCGGCUGUUGGAGAUCUGAGAGACAGAUGGUAACUAGCACGCCGGCUGUUGGAGAUCUGAGAGACAGAUGGUAACUGACACGCCGGCUGUUGGAGAUAUGAGAGACAGAUGGUAACUGAAACGCCUCAGAUAAAUGCUAGCGCGUCAAAUAUGCAAAAGAUUUCUGGGAACACACUGUGCUUAAACCUUCAGUGCACACGCUGCGGGAUUUUGAGACCCCUUCAUGGUCCCCCUGGAACAGUUUUGGGGUCCUCUUAGAGGAUAGCAGACCCGAGUUUGAGAAACACUGCUCUGUCGAUAUUAAGUUGAAGUUAUGAUAAGAAUUACACAAAUUUAUUUUUAAUCAUGGCUUACCACUAGUCACUAUAAGUAAAAUUAUGUAGUAUUGCUACUCCAAGUAGUAACCACCAUACAGUGCUGUAGUAUUACCACUCCAAGAAGUUACUGCCAUACAAUGAUGUAGUAUUAAUGAAUGGUAAUAAUGAAACCGGGCUCAAUUUCUAAAUUUAGAUGGCCUACUGUUCCCAGCCUCGUGGCCAAAGAACAAUAGGAUUUAAGCUUCCUGUCGAAUUUAUUCCACCGCCAGUUUUUAAUGUAUGUUGUGUGCAAAAAUACUACUUUUUCCAUAUGUGGUGAAUAACCAUACAAAAUCACUGUUCAACUCAAAAACAAUUUUUUUUAAACAUACCAAUACAGUUCAAACAUUCAGGUGGGCAUGUAUGUACUUGAUCCACAGAAAAAAAUAACAAAAGUAAGGUAUCUUUAAAAAUGUCUUCUUUUUUUUUCCAUCUAGAUAAUAAAUGUGGCCCACAACCCAUUCCUACUGCUCAGUGAGUCCCAGAAGAAUUCCAUUAAUCGCCUGGGGGAUAAAGAACACAUGAGAAGAAUGACCUUCUUGGAUCUGACCAAUUGCACCAUGGAUUUUUUCCCACCAGGCAUAUGUCUGUUGCGGCUACUGACUAUCCUAAAGAUAGGAGAGAACCAGGUUUGGCUCGGGGGGGGGGGGGGGGGUUUGCUGUUGAUAAUCUUGAUGGGAAGUGGGUCCCUGCCUUAUGAUGCAACAAUGUUAAAUAAUAUAAUGAUGGGUUAUUCAGCCUCCAUCAUUGAACUGAUUAGUUGACCUUAAUUGGGCUUAAGAGGGAUGCAACUGGUUUUAAACUUUUGCAUAAUUAAAUCAUUAUCACCCUCCCCAAAAAAGGUAACCUACAGCUACCAUUAGCCUAAUAAGUCAUCCAAGCAAGGUCAUGCUGAAGGUCAUAUUGAACCGACUAAAACCAUAUGCUGACAAAAUCAUUGCUGAAGAACAGGCGGCUUCAGGCUAGGACGGGGCACUCCUGAGCAGAUUCUAAAUCUCCGAAUACUAUGUGAGAAAUAUGCUCAACACCAACAAAACCUAUGCCACGUCUUUGUGGACUUCAAGAAAGCAUUCGACAGCAUGCUGCUUUAUGGGCCAUCAUGAGGCACUACAACAUCAACACAAACCUAACCAAAAUGAUAUGCAACCUCUAAGAUAAGGCCACCAGUGCAGUCUUCGUCAACAACAACAUCGCAGAAUGGUUCAAGACCACGGUUGGAGUACGACAAGGAUGCCUGCUCUCCCCACCCUGUUCAAUAUCUUCCAUGAGAGAAUUAUGUCAUAUGCUCUGGAAGCGCAUGAAGGGACAGUCAGCAUUGGUGGCAGAACAAUCACGAUCCUACGCUUUGCGUAGAACAUAGACAGACUGGCUAGGAACAAAGAAGAGCUAGCCAACCUGGUAAAACGUCUUGAUAAGACCUCGUCGUUCUACGGUAUGCUAAUCAGUGCCGAAAAGAAAAAACUGAUGACAAAUAACACCACAGGCAUCACCAUUGAAAGUAAGGUCGGGGAGGAAAGACUAGACACUGUAGGCCGCUUCAAAUACCUAGGAGCAAUAGUCUCAGAAGGAGGCGCCAAGCCCGAACUGUUGUCCAGGAUUGCUCAGACUACAACAGCACUAACGAGGCUCAAGAAAAUAUGGAAUGACAAAAAAUAACCCCCAGCACCAAAAUCAGGCUGAUGCGUUCAUUAGUCCUCUCCAUUUUCCUGUAUGCCUGGGAAUCCUGGACAUUAACAGCAGAUCUUGAAAGAAAAAUAAAGGCGAUGGAGAUGAGAUGCUUCAGAGGCAUUUUUGGCAUCUGCUAUAGGGACCAUAUCUUCAAUGAUACAGUGAAAGAAAGGGUUCGCCAGGCAAUUGGGGAGUACAAUGACCUACUGGUGACUGUGAAAAAAUGCAGUCUACAAUGAUACGGCCACGUAACAAGGAAAUAAGGGCUUGCCAAAGGAAAUAUUGCAGGGCACCACAAGAGGAGGGAGAAGAAGAGGAAGACAAAGAAAAAGAUGAAAGGAUAACAUCAAAGAGUGCACAGGACUAACACUGGGCAAUGCUGUGCGUAGUGCAGAAGACAGAGAUGAAUGGAGGAGAAUAGUUCACAUUUCAUCUGUGGCGCCCCAAUGGUCCAAGGACUAAGGGAUUUGAUGAUGAUAAUUAAAUCACAUUUUACUGCAUAUUCAGAUGAUUGGUGGGGGAAAACAAUCGAAAGUUGAGAAAGAUGUAGCUGCCUUUGUAUGUUUAACAGUCGCCAAGCUGAUAUCUAACCCUAUCUUUUAUUUAUUAUUUUUAAAUACAUUCGCUAUUUCGAAAGUGUACUUGUCAGAAUUUAACAGCACGCCUGGUGAAAACCUAAAUUUGGCAAGUGCGCCAGGAAUAGAAAAAUUUUAGGAACCAUUGGUGCAGCUGAACAAAAUACAUCACACAUACGGUUAUAGUUUAAGUCGUAUUAGAGUGAUGGCAAAACUAUAAAUAAUUCCGACAAAACACUUUAUUUUAAAGCAUUAUAGAUAUAUAUAUAUAUUAUAUAUAUGCUAUUUUUGGACUGUCAGAAUAUCAGUAUAAUUAUUGUAGAAUUUGUGAAUAAGUGUAUUUACAUUCUGAUGAGACGCAAACCCCCCCUCCCCGGUCAUAAGGUCGCAGAAGCCAAAUCUACAAAUUCUCCCUCUUUUCAUACGUACUAUAUGGAAUGGAUGGCCCCAUAAAUUUGAAUUUAAUAGCCAGUAAGCUAAAAUCUCCUUUUUUUUUUAAAAAAAUAUUUUUUGCAAUAAAGCUUGGCACUGCUCUUUCUGGUUCUAAGCAACAAAAACAAAAUUAUUUUCAGAUCAAAAUGCUUCCGCCAGAGCUUGGAAACCUUAAAAACUUGGAAUAUCUGGAUGCCCAUGACAACAUGAUCAAAGAGAUUCCCAUCACCAUAGACUUGCUUCACCACCUGCUCUACCUGGACCUCUCACACAACAACAUUUUUAUUUUCCCAUUCAACCUGGCUAAGGUAUUUAUUAUUGGUUCCUAAUGCUGCAUUGUUUAGACACAAUGAAUCUGAUGUCUAACAAGGAUGACCUUAAACAAAGGCCAAGACAUGCAGUUAAGUCAUUCAAAAAAAGUUUAUUAUUAUCGGUUAGUUUAAAAUUUAUGGAAGCUCUUGUAACAAUGUUCAUUCAAGGAAUUUAACUAUUUUCAAUUGUCCCUUUCAUGGACAUACAAAGAGUUUUGACCUAAACGACUGUUAUUGAUGUAUUCUGCAGUAGUGAUGACUGUUAUUGAUGUAUUCUGCAGUAGUGAUAUAGGAAAAUUGAUAAGAUAAUAUAAGAAUGAUGCUUUUAAAUAGACAAAUAAAUGGAACUGGUUUUGUUUGAAUUGUGUAUCUUGCUUUCAGUCUUGGAUUUCAGAUUAACCCACUAUCAAAUACUUAAGAGAAACUACUAACUGCUUACAUUGUAAUUUUCAUAAAUAUUCCAUAUGAGAAACUACUCAUUGCUUGCAUUAUCAUAGUCAUAAAUAUUCCAUAACAGAAACAACUAAUUGCUUUCAUUAUCAUAGUCAUAAAUAUUCCAUAAGAGAAACUACUAAUUGCUUACUUUAUCAUUGUCAAAAAUAUUCAUUAUUUGAAGGAAUUAAAAAAAAAAAUUAUUGUGACCUAAAGUUUCAAUUGUAAUAAUACAUUUUUCUCAAUUUGAUCAAUAAUGUAAUUCGUUAACUAACAUUUCUUGCCUGACUUACAGCUCAACAAAAUCACACACCUGGAUUUGUCCUACAACAGUUUAAUCGAGCUUCCUGAGUCGUUUGACCGCAUGGAUCACCUAAUCAAUGUUGACCUGAGUCACAAUGAGCUCACAAUCUUCCCACAGCACAAGACAGAUGCCCUGGGCUCUGUGCUGACCUUGAACCUGUCUUACAAUCAUUUCACAGAGUUCCCUCCCCAUGUGCCCUAUCUGUACAGGUGAGCCUCAGAUAAUUGAAUUCAGAAAUCAAAAUAGAAAAUUCCUUAGUUAAGUGAGAAUAUGUACAAACCAAGAGCUAUAUCAAUUGAACAAAGGCCCACCUGUAGUCGCAACAAUAAAAAAAAAAAAGGCAGACUGGGCUGUACAGGACACAUUGAAAGGAUGCCGGGUUUAAGAGCAGCAAAAGUGAUCUACAGGCAGAAACCUAAGAGCAAAUGGCUCACCGGUUGACCAAGACUGAGAUGGAUCGAGAAUAUAGAGAAGGACUUACGUCAGCUGGGUGUUUGCUCAGGGAGAAUGUGGUGGAGCAGGCCAGUUCCCUACAUGGGCUGUAGCGCCACUGAUGAUGAUUAGUUUAGUGACUCACACCUACAGUAGGUCAUUUUAUGCUGUUACCUUUGAAAAAUUUUCAAACCAUCCUAACCUUAACGUUACCCUUUUAUAAAUGGACAUCAUCAUCAUUUACUUUUGUACAGCCUGAAAAUUUCAACUCAAGAACAUCCACAUCUUUAACGCACAAUGUUUUUUAGCCAUAUCUCAGUAGUCAUUGUAGAUUGUAGGUCUUUAAAAUAUACAGUUUUUGUUGUGUGCUGAUGAUAAUGUGUUUUUAAAGCUUUAUCAGUUGGAUUUUAUGAGCUGGGAAAAUGAUCCUUUAUUUUACCAGUAAAAAUGCAAAGUUUUUUUCAUUGCAAAUUGCAUUAAGGAUAUGCUGGGAUAAAUGAGAACCUUUUACAUUAGUGUCAUCCUUGUAGAUUUCCUUCUAUCACUGCCUUCAACUACUGUUGUAAUGUGAAUCCUGAGGCCAAAUAACCCUAUGUGUUUCAUUUUAAGUCAUGUUAAAAAUAUGCUGCCAUCAUAAUCUAAUUGAAAGGAACUGGAGCCCUGUUAUAGGAUUUGUUUUACUCCGAAAGGAAAAACGAAAUGUAGGGUAAAGUUAAACAUGGAAAGCGUUUUUUUAAAAAAAAAAGCGAUUUAUCGUAAAAUGGGAUUAAAAUAAUUUUUAAAAUAAAAAGUAAAUUUAUUUUCUCACCGUAAUACUCUCUUUGCAGUUCUUGUCUUGCCUUGGUGCAAUAUACACUUCUGCGGCAAUAUACACCACUGUGGCAAUAUACACCACUGAGGCAAUAUACAUGACUUUGGCAAUAUACACUUCUGCGGCAAUAUAGUCGACUGUGGCAAUAUACACUUCUGCUGCAAUAUACACUUCUGCGGCAAUAUACAAGACUGUGUCAAUAUACAACACUGAGGCAAUAUACACGACAAAGGCAUUAUACACGACAGUGGCAAUUUACACAACUGGGUUACCGGAAAUUUGUUUGAAAGAAAUUGGUAGACGGAAAAUUUAUGGACCGAAAUUUGAUCUAACUGAAGUUUGGUGAAAUUUUUUUUCAGUUCACACGUUAAAAUUUUCAUCAAAUUUCUUUUUGAAAGCACUGUGCUGUAUAGUGAAACAAAAAUAAUGUGUUCAAAAUGAAAUUUGACGCAAAAUAAGAUCGUGUGGACUAAAAAAAAGUUUCGACCAAACUUCAGUUUGAUCAAAUUUCCGUCUAUCGAUUUUCUGUCAAAAUUUCUUUCAAAAAAAUUUCUGGGUAUGAAACGACUGUGGCAAUAUACACCUCUUUGGCAAUAUACACCUCUUUGGCAAUAUACACCUCUAUGGCAAUAUACACCACUGAAGCAAUAUACACCACUGAAGCAAUAUACACGACUGGCAAUAUAGACCACAGCAAUAUAAACCUAUACACCCCUGAGGCAAUAUACACCCCUGAGGCAAUAUACACCCCUGAUGCAAUAUACACCACUGUUGCAAUAUACACUAAUGUUGCAAUAUACACCACUGAGACAAUAUACACCACUGAGGCAAUAUACACCACUGAGGGAAUAUGCACCACUGUGGCAAUAUACACCACUGAGGCAAUAUACACGUCUGUGGCAAUAUACACUACUGUGACAAUAUACAUGACUGUGGCAAUAUACACCACUGUGGCAAUAUGCAUCACUGAGGCAAUAUACACAACUCAGGCUAUGAUUUCAGCAUUUUAAUUGUAUCCUACUUUUUCCUUAGGCUCCAAACUCUGGACUUUUCCCACAAUGAUAUUCAGGAAAUUCCUGAGAGCAUCUACUGGAUGAAAAACUUGGAGACGUUGAAUUUCCACGACAACUUGUUGGGCGCUCUGCCUGAAAAUAUUUGUAAGAUGAGACGUCUAAUCAAGCUGGAUGUCAGCGACAACAAAAUCAAUGUCUUCCCAGAGAAGUUAGGCGCUCUGGCAAAAGUUUGUGAGGUAGGAAGCCUACUGGGCUUAUUUAAUGUGAGCGUCUAAGUGAGGUAGGAAGCCCAUGGGGCUUUAUUUAAUGUGAGCAUUUAAGUGAGGUAGGAAGCCCAUGGGGCUUUAUUUAAUGUGAGCGUCUAAGUGAGGUAGGAAGCCCAUGGGGCUUUAUUUAAUGUGAGCGUGUAAAAUAGCACUGGUUGUUAUUUUUUUAUAAAUUUGGGCAGGCAUCACACUGUUCUUCCCUUAUUUAUUUCUUCACUUCCAGAGGCUUGGAUUAAUAUUUUUAUGUACAGACUUGGAACUGUGUUGUUACCCCCUCUCUCUGUGUCAUGAGGCUGGUGAUGUUAUCUAGAGAGCUGAAAUGUUUGACUAGCCUCACAAUUAAACCGAUUGUUAAGUUAUUUCUCUCACAUUAAAUGGUAGUUUAGUUUAAGUGGCAGUUUAAUUUAAAUGGCUGUUUAAUUUCAAUGGUAGUUUAAUUUAAAUGGUAGUUAUGUUUAAGUGGUAGUUUAGUUUGAAGGUUAGUUUAAUUUAAAGGUUGGUUUAGUCCAAAUGUUACAGUAGACCCUCCAGCUGAUUUUAAAUAGCCUGGCAUAGCUUGAGAAAUUUUCACGUGUGUAAAAAAUUUAACAUUUUUGGGUAAAUUAUUUUCAAACCACAUUCUUUGAUUUAAUUUUGUUGGGAAAUCACGUGAGAGCACAGGAGAAGUUGUAACAUAGAAAACGGGGAUAUCACAUACCUGGCAAGCUAAGAAUUCGAAUAGCUUGACAGGAAAUAGUUAUUUAUGUUGAGCACAUCAGCAGAGCCAGGUAGUUACUGCCAGGACCCUGUCAGAGUAAUCGAGAUGGGAACUGCGGUACUAAAGGUGUCACAAUAAAAUGACUACAGUGGGCAGUGUGAACCAUUUAUGGUACUAUGUUAUUUUAUCAGGCAGUCUAGCCAGUUAUGGGAGAGUGUGUCUCCAUCGUGUAUUUUGGAGAUGUUCGGGACAAGUACCUGAUACUCAGAGAUCAGAGUACUGAGUAUGAGACGUUCAAUGAAUAGAAAACAGGAUACACGCUGUGAUGGGUUGCAGUUAGUGUGAUUCAGUCAGGGAGGAAUUGUGUGAGGCAGUAGGAACGUUUCUUGAAAGUAUUUUUUAAAUUUAUACAAACAUAAGAAUGCAUGGUCAAAUAAAUUCUAGAAAACACAUGUUUCUUUUGAUGAACUCUGGAAAUGUUGUAAAAAAAUUGUUGACCAUGUUUUUGGAAGCACCUUCGUCAGUGAAGCUGGAUUCUAUGUCAUGGCCAACAUCAAGUCCAAAAACAUGUAACGCUUUGGCUGGUGAACAUUUAGAAACUCCAAUGAGGGCAGGUGCUACUGAUGUUACAUUAAGAAAUGGCGCCAGCGGGCCGUCGAGAUUGCGCUCUUUAUGCCCUCCCCAAAACACCCCUCCCCAACCCAGUAUCGGGCCGCGGAGCGGCACUUCGGGGAUGUCCCUUUGUCAGGACAGCUCCCACCCGAGUCUGCUCAACCAGAGUCUCCGCCAGGGGCCGUCCUAACCCAAAGACACCCGGUCGACUUUCUCAGGAGUCGGGAUGGAAAAAUGUAUGUCCUAAUAUCUUCCCCCACCCAUCCCGGAAAGCGUUAGACGCCCUUUAAGAGGGAUUCUACAGUGGGUUUCCACAACGCAACUAAUUCCCAAUGCAGCUGGGACGAAACGGUUGCCUUGGAGCAGCGUCUCAGGACUGCGUAGUAAGAAUCAUCGGCCAGAGGUUACCACAGUGCUGUUAAACCUGCUACUGAUAAAUAUUUCAAAUUAAGACACUUCCAUGUGAAAUUCAAAUCUGAAUAUAACUUUAAAAAAGGGCUACAGUUUUUAAUCACUUUGUUUAUAUACUUGAUGAGACAAUAAUGCUAUUUGGUAUAUGACUCUUUAUGCAUAAGGUAAGAAGUAUUGAUAAUGGGAAUAAUUUUCUUUUGAGAUGUCAUUUGCGGCCCAUGGGUGGUUGGAAAAAAAAAAUGUUUGGCCCACGUAGUCAAAAAGCUUGGGCAGCACUGCCAUAGAGAAAUUUUACCCCUUCCACACGUCAAGUGUUUACGUUUUUUUUUUUUUUGAGCGACAUGAAGAAAAAUAAAUGAAAGUAAUGUAUGAACUUAAAAUAUCAUGAUUACCUCCCCUCGUCACCAGUUGGUUGAAUCAUUUCAAAUGACUUUCUCCCUCAGAUUAACAAAGAUGACCAAGAUGUGUACAAGCACCGGCAGUCAUUGGCCAUGGAUUUCACUGAAGCAGAAGACGAUGAGGAUGAAGAAAUGGAAGAGAGUGAUCUAGAUGCGCAAGAGAGUAUCAUCUCUAACCCAAGCAAGAGGAAAUCAAAAUCAAAGAAAAAAAAGAAAUGA